AUGGCGACUAAAAAUGAUACUUCUUCAGUAAGUUCAUCAUCAUACGAGUCUUCCUCUGACGAAGGGGAACAAAUAUCCACUCCAUCCGGACCAUCAGCUACUACUCUUACUAAAGCCACCUUGGGCUUGCAGACGAAACCUUCGUUGUCUCAAGAAGAAGAAGAGCACUGUGGUGAACAGAGCUCCAAGGAGGAUGAGGCUUCCUCCGAUUCUGAGCAAGAUGAGCCCACCAAGGAACAAACUCCUUCCAAAGCCGAGAUAGCAAGGGAGAAGAAGAUUUGUGUGUCCUCCGAGGAGGAUGACGCUUCCUCCGAGUCCAAGAAAGAACAAACUCCUUUCAAAGCAGAGAUGAUAGCCAAGGAGAAGGAGAUCUGUGUCUCGUCGUCUAAGGAGGAAGAAGAGGACAAUAGUGGAGAAGAGAGCUCUGAGGAGGAUGAGGCUUCUUUGUCUAAGGCAGAAGUUCCCAAAAAGAAAGAAACACCUUCCAAAGCUGAGAUAGCUAAGGAGAAGGAGAUCUGUGUUUCCGACAAGGCCCAUAAGCGUGUGAGUGAAGGUUCUUCGUCUCAAGACAUGAAUGCUGCAAAGAAAGUGAAAACGAGUGGUAAAACAUACCUCGAAGACAAGGAUGGAUUCUACCAUUUCAUCAAGGAGUCUUUCACCGUUAAGAAGAGAGAUGAAAAAGGUAAGAAACCGUCUGCCUUGAAACCUCUUGAUCUUAAAGCUUUUGAACUGUAUGGGAAAAUCUGGGGGAACUCGGUAUCGGGAACAAAUGCUGCUGAAGAUUCAAGAAGGAGUGACGGGAUUCAGAAGCUGGAAGGUUAUCAUAAGGAUGUGAUGAAUCAUGGACAAGGAGGAGAUUGGUUUAGCAACUCGGUUUUGCUUCGUAUGGUUGCUUAUCUUGGCAGGAAUGAAGAUGUAGUGAAAAUGGAUUGGGGUCGGGUUUCAGAAGAGAAGAAGAGGGAAAUGAUGGACCGAUGGAGAGUCUUGAAGGCCAAAGAUGACGAAACUCUCUUACAAAAAUCAGCUUUUUUGGAUGAUAUUGUCUCUCUUAUCCAUCGUUGA